ACUAACGUGUGCGCGCAUGUGUUUGUUGUUGGGGCUGCUGUACACUGUAGGCAGCCGCAACACAGGCAACGGGUGGCGAGCUGUUGUUGCAGUGAUACAAAUGUCUCUGCUUUCAAAACCAUGAAGGCAUGAACAUAAGAUUACGCGUCUCCACAACAACACUAUAAAAUCAUUAUUUUACCGAAUCGAGAGAACUUUGAGAAACGAAGACCGCGGACACGACGUUAUUGUACUGGCGGCUUGAUUCGAGAGCCGUGCACCUCUAGAAAAUCAAAUCGGCGCUAUUCUGCAGUAAAAUGCUCGUCUUUUAUUUUGCGUAUAUCCUCGUUGGAGAAUUGCAUUUUUAUACACCGAGUGGCUAAACGAUUGGUUGACAUAUAUCUUCUCUGCACUUAAAUGUGAAAAGCAUUAUUCUCUUUUAAGGACACUCGAAGGACGUCUUUAUGACUGUGUUUCUUCUCGCGUCCUCCACAUUUUUUGAUUGCAUUGUGUUUACAUAAGUCUGGCCAGUAACGCCUCGCUAGUAGCUACAUUUACAGUUUUUAAAAACACAAUGGAAGUGUUAUUCAAACAAUUGAGGCUAUGUUUAUUUUCACACUGACAAAGUGGCAUAGCUGAUCAAAUUCAGGAGGAUGCACGUCCAGAAAAUGAAACUUAUUUUAAAAAGUAUUUAAGAUUUUUUUUUUGUACUGCAAUGUAUUGUACAGAAAUGUACAUUUUCUGACAGCAUUACAUCAUCACUGUGCCAAAGGAUCAGGAACAAGCACGGAGCACGUCUUUAACCCCAUUUAUCAGCUGCCCCUGAAUUCUUUGUAUUGUUUUGCAAGGUGCACUAUUUACAGAUGCAUCUCGGACUUGAUGAGCCGGUGCGAGAAUGUCAGUAUAAUCAGAUCUGCACGCACAACUCAUCGUCUAUGGAGACCUCCGGGCACAAAAAGAAGAGGACUCCCCGCAGGAAGUGGCAGAUCUUCCCUGGCCGAAAUAGAUUCUACUGUAAUGGAAGGGUCAUGAUGGCGAGACAGACCGGGGUCUUCUACCUAACCCUGGUCCUCAUCAUGGUCACCAGCGGGCUUUUCUUUGCAUUCGACUGCCCAUUCCUGGCGUCCAACCUGACCCCGGCCAUCCCGGUAAUCGGAGGGGUGCUGUUUGUCUUUGUUCUGGGGAUGCUGUUCAGAGCUAGCUUCAGUGACCCGGGAGUCCUGCCCCGUGCCACGCCCGACGAGGCUGCCGACUUGGAGAGACAGAUUGACGCCGCUAAUGGCCCCAGUGGUCCAGGGUACAGGCCGCCCCCGAGGAUCAGAGAAGUGGUCAUCAACGGGCAGACGGUCAAGCUUAAGUACUGCUUCACCUGCAAGAUCUUCAGGCCCCCACGGGCCUCGCACUGCAGCCUGUGUGACAACUGUGUAGAGCGUUUUGACCACCACUGUCCCUGGGUGGGGAACUGUGUUGGGAAGAGGAACUACCGUUUCUUCUACCUCUUCAUCCUGUCCCUCUCCUUCCUCACCGUCUUCAUCUUCGCCUUCGUUAUUACACACGUCAUCCUGAGAUCCAAACGGACAGGCUUCCUCAGCGCACUCAAAGACAGCCCUGCCAGUGUGUUGGAGGUGCUGGUGUGUUUCUUCUCGGUGUGGUCCAUUAUGGGCCUGUCGGGCUUCCACACCUACCUCAUCAGCUCCAAUCAGACCACCAACGAGGACAUUAAAGGCUCGUGGUCGACCAAACGGGCGAAGGACAACUACAACCCCUACAGCUACGGGAACAUCCUGACCAACUGCUGUGCUGCCCUCUGUGGUCCUCUUCCACCCAGUCUUAUUGACAGAAGAGGCUUCAUCCAGCCAGACACACCCCAGCCUGUGUCACACUCCAAUGGGAGCAGCAUGUACAACUCCACCCAGCUUCACAUUCACAUGUGUGACCAAGAGCACUGCAUUCAGAGCACCAAAUUCCUUUUGCAGGCUGCCGCUACACCCCUGCUCCACAGCAACCCUGUCAUGAUGGGCGGAGAGGGACCCACUCUCCCUGGGAAGAGUUCCCUGGGGGGCCCCUGUGCCUCACUGGCCCCCAGCCAGCCUUCCCUGCCCUCCUCCAUGCCCGGCCUGGGCUGUGCGGGGGACAUGCUGACCCUGAGGGACCCAGACACCCACUGCCACCACCAUCACUUUGUCAGUCCUGAGGAGACGCCCUCGCCCGGCCCCAUGCCUCUGACUCUGCCCUGCCCCGCCCACAUGACCCACGGGGGACACAUGAACCCGGCCCAGCUCUACGACCCUGCCAGCCAGGACUCUCUGCACGAGGACUCUGUCAGGGGCCUGGUUAAACUCAGCUCUGUCUGAGACUCUCCCCCUGGCACUUUGGAAUCACUACCCAGACUCUGUCAGCGUGCCAAAUGACACCCUAUUCAAUAUGUAGCACUACUUUUAAAAAGUAGUGCACUAUAUAGGGAAUAGUGUGACAUUUAAGGCGCUACCCCAGCCCCCUCACUCCACACUGCCGGCUCAGUGCCAAAGCCAUAAUUCCUGUUCCCCAACAUUCCACCCCAGCCCUCGCUCCCUCCUUCCCAUCCAGAUUUGUGCCCCCCACCUGUUGUGAUAAGCUAUUCUAGUGCCAAACAGACAGAGCCUCAGUCUCCACUGUACUUGACCAGGACCAAAAUCAAGCUUCUAAAUCCCCCUUCCUCUUCACAGUAGUAUACCUAGUGCCCUACAAGGAGUCUACCAGGCCUGGAUACAGGUCCAGGCUUCUGCCAAAGGCUCACGACUUGUGCUCUUUUGGGGGAAGCCAUCUACCUGGACCAGGCGGUCAUUGUCCGGAAAUGAAACUGACUCGCUCUUCUCUUGUCAGCCAAACCGCCGUACCAAGGCGGUUGCCAUUUUGGUUUGCUGACAUCCAAGGACACGCACAGCGGGACAAGGGGUCUGUUGAUUAGCUAGAAAGACAUGAAUCAGGACUAAAUAUAGGACUUGUUUAUAGUUUGAUAUCUGUGUCAUGUGUCCUGAGUCAAGUGACACUCAUUUAUACAAUAGUAAUGGAUACAGCCAAUCAGUGUUGGCCCUGAACACAGAAGAUGUCACUUCCUGUUUCGGAUUGUGUCAACGCUGUAUGUGUUGAUUGGUAGUGUUCAUCAGUCCGUUCCUGUGUCGGUGUGACGCUAGCCGAAUUACAUUUUUGUUUCAUUCAAAUGUGAUGCCAAAACAUCAUGGGUGCAUCCCAAAUAGCACCGUCUCUAUUUAGUGCACUACUUUUGACCAGGGCCAAAAGGACUUUGGCAAACGUAAUGCACUAUAUAGGGAAUAGGGUGCCAUUUGGGACGUAGAUAAUAAGUAAUGUGAUGAUUGUACCAAGAAAUUCUCAUUUACUUAUUUUUAAUGAAUAAAUUUGCAUAUUUUUA